CUCCAGGUAUAAUCGGAACGAUUUGAUACAACUCUACAGUCUGCUUGUUUUGUGCUUGUUUUUUUCUAAUCAAAACAUACACAUAUUUAUUUUUUGUUACAUAGAGGUCGUGAUUCCAAUAAUUGCAAAGUGCUUCAUAUUUCGGGCAACAAAGUGCAUAACGCACGGUGACGCACAAAUCAAACAAGGCAAUUUUUUGUUCUACACACACACACACAUACAAAACGAAAAGCAAAUUAAUCAGCACACGGCGAACGCGCGACACGGCUGGGGAGAAAAUAACAACAAAAAGCACACACACAAACAUUAUGUUCAAUAGAUAUGGGCGGAUUCCUGGAUAAGCCAAAAACCGCAAAGCACAAUGAUGAAGGCGAGGGCAACAAGCUGCUGUAUGGCGUUAGUUCGAUGCAGGGUUGGCGCUGUGAAAUGGAGGACGCAUACUAUGCUUGCGCACGCUUAGGGAAUGCACUGGAUGAGUGGAGUUUCUUUGCGGUCUUUGAUGGUCAUGCGGGCUGUAAGGUAUCGGAGCAUUGUGCCAAUCAUUUGCUGGACAGCAUAAUCAGCACUGAGGAAUUUAAGAACGGUGAUUAUGUGAAGGGCAUUCGCACCGGUUUCCUUCGCAUCGAUGAGGUAAUGCGAGAGCUGCCCGAGUUUACCCAGGAUGAACAGAAAUGUGGUGGCACCACGGCAGUCAGCGCGUUUAUCAGCUCCACGCAGGUAUACAUUGCCAAUUGCGGGGAUUCACGGGCGGUGCUCUGUCGCCAGGGCGUGCCAGUAUUUGCCACCCAGGAUCACAAGCCCAUUUUGCCUGAGGAGAAGGAGCGUAUACAUAAUGCUGGAGGCAGUGUGAUGAUUCAGCGUGUCAAUGGUACGCUAGCAGUGUCGCGUGCCCUUGGUGAUUAUGACUUUAAGAAUGUUAAGGAGAAAGGACAAUGCGAGCAGUUGGUCUCACCGGAACCGGAAAUCUUUUGCCAAAGCCGUCAGGACACCGACGAGUUCUUAGUGCUCGCCUGUGACGGCAUCUGGGAUGUUAUGAGCAAUGAGGAUGUGUGCAGUUUCAUAUACUCGAGGCUGAAAGUGACCUCAAAUCUGGUGAACAUUGCCAAUCAGGUGGUCGAUACUUGUUUGCACAAGGGCAGCCGUGAUAAUAUGAGCAUCAUAAUAAUUGCUUUUCCCGGAGCACCAAAGCCAACUGAAGAAGCGAAAGAGGCUGAGCGUCGGUUGGAGAAACACAUCGAGAAGAUCACAAGAGAGGAGAUUGAGAGUAAUGAUGUCACAGACUACGUGGAACUGUUGAAGUGUCUGGAAAAUAGAGAUGACAUUGAAGGUCUUCCACCCGGCGGCGGUUUGCACUCCAAAUAUCACAUUAUUGAGCGAAUAUUCACGGAGUUGUUCCCGGAUGAUCCAUGUGAAAGUCCAACGCAUUAAAUUUGCAAAACAAACAAACAGAAACAGUCAAACAAAUGCAACAAUAACAACAACAGUACGUUACAUUAAAACAAAAAAAAAAAAAACACACACACACAAACAAACACAACAGACACUCUUACCAAACCGUUUUCUACUUUGAUAAAAAAGAAAAAGAAAGAAAGAAAAAACUACUGCUAAUAAUAUUAAUAAGCAUUAUUAUAAUACUUUAUAUAGUUUAAAUGAAAGCCAGUCCUAAACACAACAACUACAUAAACCUUGUAUUACGUAGAUCUACUUAUAGAAAGGAGCGAACCUUAGCAGACCUCAGAGCUAAAGAUAAAAACAAAAACAAAAAUAAAAAUAAAACUUAAAAUGAAAACUAAAUAUACAGAAGAACAGGGUUUGGCUCAAAGCCAACAAACACACACAACAAACAAACACCACACACACCCACACACACACUCUCACAAAUCACACUACACACACACAGAUACACGGAAGAAAUUUCCCAUCUCUAAACUAACCAAAUUCCUAACUAACUACAAUACUUACUAGAGUUAGAGAUUGGUUAUAGAUAGAUAUGUCUUACUUCUAUGUUAGGUCGGUCUGUCGUCUAUCAAUCUAUCAAUCGUAACUGUCCUUUUGUCAAUCCUCAUCAAGCAAAAUUAAAAACUGUUGACUCGCCUUUGUUUAGCUGUGUAAAGUUUUACCAAAAAAAAAAAAAUAUUUGUAUGAAAUAGAAA